UGAAAGAGGGCGGUGUCGCAAAGAACAGGACCUUGAAGAUGUUUCACUUCUCUUUCAUGUCUCUUUUCGAAGUGCUUCGCUAAAAGCUUUGAUUUCCACCGAGGCACAGGGAAAACGUGAAUGCACGUAAAGGCAGCCUCGUUCGGCGUGACAUCACUCUCACUUGACUUGGGCAGAGGCGAGGUUUUCGGCUUUGGGGAACAAGUCCAGGAAGCUGCGUCAACAGAUAAGACACCAAACGUGACUUGUGGAUGGUGCUUGGUGGCACACAUGGAAGGUCUGUGUGGUCUCUGGACCCUGCUGCUGUGGGCUACUAUCAUCUCUUCGGCCUACUGUCAAAGCAAAAUAGUUACUACUCCCGUUCCUUCGAAGGAGGCCACAAGCGCACACAUUUCAAACAGCAACACACUCGUCUCUCCUCCCCCAAACACCCUUCAGAUCUCAAAUGCCUCCACACCCUUCCAGUGCUCCUACAAUGUUACAAACAUCAAGUAUGGCUUCAGGUUUGACAUCACCAGCUCUUCCACUGACGGGUACAGAAUCCUUUUGACCGAAAAUGGCUUGACAAGCCCGCUGGAGACAACAAUCUAUAACAAGACAUCGGUCGACAUCCCACACCUAAAGCCAUGCACUGAAUAUGAGCAUAAAGUUGAAUAUCUUGCUAGCGAUGGCGAGACAGAAACUUGUAUCUUCAGCAAUGGUGUUCUUAAUUCCACCUUUACAGACAAAAUGAGUGAAGAUGAAAUCGCCAUUUGCAACUCCAAUUCUAGCUGUCUUUCGCACACGACUAAAUGGGAUCUCAGCACAUCACUGUUACUUCCAGAAAAUGCUCAUUUGGAGCAAUGUGACAAUAAAGUGUGCAUCAGACCAGCCUACAGUGACAUUUGCUCUCAACUCACAACAACCGUCACUUGUGCAAGAGAAAAUGAUUCCUACAACCUAACAAAGUUCAUCCAUGCAGAUUUCCUUUCUGGACUUUCAAAUCAAAAUAAAAUACCACAGUAUGUUCCCUUUAAACUUCCUGGAAACAUCACAGCAGAUUUACCUCCCAAAUGCACCAAUCUCACCGUUGUUUACUCCUGUCUAGAUGAUGAAAAACCCACGAAUGUUUCUGAUCUGAAACCCUUCACAAACUACACCUGUACUGGUGAGAUUAGGGAGGAUGAUGCCAUCAUAGCAAAUCUCUCAACGAUCUCUGUCAAGAUUGAUUGUGAUCUUAAAAUCCAAAACGUAACAGCACACAAGACUAAUACCUCCAUUGCACUGGUAUGGACAACAGCAAGUGAGAAUUGCUCAGAUGUCAUAGCUCACCUCGAUCUGCUAUCAUAUACAUGCAUCUGUGUGCCUCAAAUAGGAAAAGGGAUGCAAAGAGUUGGUAUGGCGAACAAACUAAACGAGAUUUACGCCUGUAAUGUUAAUGGCUUGGCUUCAUACACCAAUUAUAUCUGUGAAAUCCAACCAAUGUACAAUAAUUUGAGUGUUGAACAAGCAAGUAAACAUGACUUCACUACAGCCAUUGGAGUGCCAGAUGGCAUCACUGGUCUGCAAGCAGUUGUUGUAGACAGUAAUAAUAUUAAGGUGACCUGUGACCAUUCAAAUCGGUUUAAUGGACCCAUGAAGGAAUUCAAUGCAAUACUUCUUCGGGGUAGUACAGUUGUGCUACAUAGAAAUAAGGAAUGUAAAUUCCUCUUCCAAGAUCUGAGCUAUUCUACAACCUACCAAGUAGAGAUAUUUGUAUCCAACCUGCGCUUCAACAGUACAAGGUGGAAAGAAACUGUAACAACUUAUUACAAUGACAAAGCCCUUACAGGGUUUCUUAUCUUCCUCAUCAUUUUCACAUCUGUGGCACUACUUGUGGUCAUCUACAGGAUCUACUUAGUGAAAUGCAGACGGUUCCAAGACACGAGUGAAGACAUUCCUCUAAUCCCCAAUGCAACUUCUGUGGAGCCGAUCGAAGCCAACAUCUUUCUGGAAGCAUACAAAAGGAAACUCGCUGAUGAGGGCCGCCUUUUUCUGGCCGAGUUUCAGAGCAUCCCCAAAAUAUUUACCCGCUACACAGUGAGAGAGGCUAAAAAAACUUGCAACCUCCCCAAGAACCGUUACGCGGACAUCCUACCAUAUGAUUACAGCCGAGUCCACCUGAGCACAGGAAACGGAGGGGCCGGAAGCGACUACAUCAACGCCAGCUUCAUUGAUGGCUACAAGGAAUCCAAGAAGUACAUUGCAGCUCAAGGCCCAAAGGAGGAAACUGUGUGUGACUUCUGGAGGAUGAUGUGGGAGCAGCGGUCUUCUAUCAUCGUCAUGGUGACGCGCUGUGAGGAGGGAAACAAGAACAAGUGUGUGCAGUACUGGCCUUCUCUUGACCGCGAGACUGAGAUAUUUGAGGAGUUUGUUGUUAAGCUCAAUUCGGAGGAUCACUUCCCUGAUUAUUCUAUCCGCCAUCUUAACCUAAGUCAUAGGAAAGACAACUCUGAGCGAGACGUGACCCACAUUCAGUUCCUCAGUUGGCCCGACCACGGCGUGCCGGAGGAGCCCCACCUCCUCCUGAAGCUCAGACGCCGCGUUAACGCCUUCAAAAAUGUUUUCAGCGGGCCCAUUGUCGUCCAUUGCAGCGCCGGUGUUGGCAGGACAGGCACCUACAUCUGCAUUGACGCCAUGAUGGAGUGUCUGGAGGCUGAGGGCAAAGUCGACAUCUAUGGAUUCGUUUUCAGUCUCCGCAAACACAGAUGUCUCAUGGUUCAAGUGGAGGCCCAGUACAUCCUGAUUCACCAGGCCUUGUUGGAGCACAACCAGUUUGGUGAAACUGAAAUCUCACUGUCAGAGCUCCACAGUGCACUGAGCAUACUUAAAGAAAGCAACUGUGCCAAUGAACCAACAUUACUGGAGGAUGAGUUUGAAAGACUUCCCACCUACAAGUGGAAGACAUUCAACACUGGGAUCACAGAGGAAAACAAAAAGAAGAAUCGCUGUUCAUCUAUCAUCCCCUAUGAUUACAACAGAGUGUUGCUGAGGCUGGAUGAAAGGCAGAGUCAGGAUAGCAGCCGUGAUGAAUAUCAUGAGGAAGAGUCAUCUGAUAGUGAAGACGAUGAGGAGUCCACUAAAUACAUCAACGCUUCCAACAUUCACGGCUACUGGGGCCCACGCAGCUUUAUUGUAGCACAGACUCCUCUGGCCAACACUGUUAGUGACUUUUGGUUGAUGGUUUACCAGAAGAAAGUGUCCACCAUCGUCAUGCUGUCAGGCGCUAGUCCUGAUGUAAAGGAAUCUGUGUACUGGGAUAAGGAGAACACUGGAGAUAUUGAGGUAGAGGUGACCUCAACAGAUGCUUCUCCAAAUAUUAUCAACCGUAACGUGCUGAUUCGUCACGUCAAGAGGAAAGAGAGUCAUGCAGUGAGACACGUCGAAUUCCUGAAGUGGGCCAAUAGUUUACGACCACAGAACCCUCAAGAUCUGACUGAGAUGAUUAAAGAUGUCAAGCGUAGUUGUGACUGCGGCAAGACACAAAGAGGCCCUCCAGUUGUGGUCCACUGCAGUGAUGGCUCGUCCCGUUGUGGAGUUUUCUGUGCUCUGUGGAACCUGCUCGACAGCGCUGAGACUGAAAAGGUCGUGGACAUUUUCCACGUGACCCGAACCUUGCGGAAGGAGCGACAGGGCAUGAUUGCGAGUCUGGACCAGUACCAGUUCUUGUAUGAUGCACUGGACGCGGCCUAUCCUGUCCAGAACGGAGAGGUGAAAGCGGUCCAGGCCUCUGAAAUGGAUUCUGUCCAGUUGGUCAAUGAAAGCACAACAACAGAGAAGGCUUCAGACGAAGUCUGCACUACCGAGGUGGGCCAGCAAGGGGCUGCAGAGAGCGAUGAUCGGGUGGCCCAGAUCUCACCCAAAAAGAUGAGCAUGCAUCACUUCAAGGCACAUCUCCCGGAGCGUCUUGACUCGUCACAAUGACUCAAGCUCCAUUUCAUUUCUCCUCAUGCUUGGUUUGAGUUGACACAUCUUCUUGACUGUGUCCCGCCUUCAUGACUGACCUUCAGCCGGACCCUUUCCAUGGACAUUUUCAGCUCAAGCCAUCUCAGUUCACGUGUGAUCACACGGAACUUUCUUCAAGUUUGAUCGCCGUCACCGUUAAACCUUGACUUAUUUUUUGUCCCCUCUGUCGAACAUGACCUCUGCUGCACUGUUUAAUGAGGCCUGCAAAGCAGUUGCUGGUCGGAUCUUGGCAGGGUCUGGCGCAGCUUUGGUCUUGUCACUUUGGGCCUUGGCAGUCUCUGGACGGGCUUUGGACUUUGGUGGUGGAGGGGCUGCAGGCUCCCAGAGGAAGAACUCAUACAGUAGUGUGUUGACAGCCUCUGGACAUUCCAUCAUGACCAUAUGACUGCCGUCCUCCAGGACCUUUAAGAAGCCGAUGAGAAGGAUCUGAUAGAUGUUAAAAAAAUAAAAAAAAAAUCUUAAACGAGGGGAAGCGCAAAAGUCACAAUGCAAUCUGGUAUUGAAUGUACUGCUGCUGUUUCCCAGGAAAGUCAGCGGUCUAACUCGCAAACUCGAGGUAUAUCGGUGUACCCCAACCUUACUAAGAUGCAUUUGCAAACCUUAUGUCACACAACAAAGCUGGCUAAAACGAAAGAAAUCGAAAGAUUAUAUAAACUAUAUUUAUCUGUAUUAUUGGUCAUAAUAUCCUCAUCACUUGCUGCUCUGCAUGGAAAUUGAUAUGAAUGUAGUAUGUAUGCCUCCAUAUAAUGUAUCACACUCGUAUUCACACCUCGGAGAAAUUUUGAGUCUUCAAUUUUCCAAUCAAGAAAGUCAGACGGGCAUGUUUAAGACUGAGGUCUGCACUGUGCCAAGUGAUUUUCCAAUUAUGUUUAUAUUAUGUUGUAUGUUGUAUGU